UCGCUACGGUCCUUCAGACGGAGGCAGACGAGAAAACCACCGCUGCCAAAAUCCACAUUCUUUGGGAUACUCAUUAAACGGGAAUUGUCGUCCGAGUGAGUCGGUUCCGUGAGGGAAACGUGCUGCAGGAAAGCGAAAAAGAUGGCUUGAAGGAUAUUACGCGUCUCUUUUUCCAAAUUCUGGCGAUAUUUUGUCCGUUUUUCGGUCGUUGGUUAACGGGCUGAUUCUUGUCAUUUUUUCCCAUUCAAUUUGAAUGGCUCGUAUGAGGUGUUAGAAAGAAGGCUAGCCAACGGUAGCUAGGUUAACGAAACUAGUGUUAGUGUUUUUUAUCUUUGUUUUAAAACGCAUUAAUAUGCAAUGUUCAGGACUAUUUAGUUUGUAGUUUAUCUGUUUAAUCUGUCUUUGAGGACAAAACGUAAAGGGUAAGCUAGCUAAUCUAUUAGGUUAGGAAGCUGGUCGGAUUUACAGCUAGGUUAACUAACGCUAACGCUAGGUUAACAGAUAAGGCCAGAAAAAUGCCGUUAUUUUUCAAAUCUGAGGCAAAUUUGAAAGAAAACAUUGGCUAAUCCACUGCUAAGCUAACUAACUAAUUCAAGCAUUGCUCUAUUUAUUCCUUGUAUUAUAACCCAUACGGAGGAGCGUCGUCUGGUAUUUUAACCAUAAGAGGAAAUGAGUUCUGCCCAGGACGAGCGAAUUAAACCGAAUUAAAUUCUGCUCAGUUUUUACCAUUAUCUGACCUCUUCUGUGGAAUAAUAGCCUUAAAGGAGACGCGAAGAAGAUGGAAAACCAGGUGUUCACGCCUUUACUGGAGCAGUUUUUACUCACUCCUCUGGUAGCUUGGGUGAAGACUGUGGUUCAACCCUCGACCAACGAUGGCAGCAAGCUUAAUGAAUACAUUGAAUUAGUGGAUGGAGCCUACUUGAACGAGGUCAUGCUUCAGAUAAAUCCUAAAGCAUCCUCACAGAGAGUCAACAAGAGAGUGAAUAAUGAUCCAGUAUUGCGCAUACAGAAUCUCUCCACCCUCAUACGUCGUAUCAAAACAUAUUAUCAGGAGACCCUGCAGCAGCUAGUGAUGAUGCCUCUGCCCAAUGUGCUGGUGCUUGGCAGGACCCCACUUACUGAACAAGGCUUGGCAGAAAUAAAGAAACUCUUGUUGCUGUUGUUGGGGUGUGCUGUCCAGUGUGAAGAAAAAGAGGAGUACAUUGAGAGAAUCCAGACGCUGGACUUCGACACAAAGGCAGCUAUUGCGUCUCAUAUUCAAGAGGUUACACACAAUCAGGAGAAUGUGCUGGAUCUACAGUGGCUGGAAGGUGGGGAGGCUCCCCCUGAAGACCUGGACUCACUCUCCAGAAACCUGGCUUUCCAUCUCAAACACCUGGUGGACGAGAGAGACGAACAGCUGGAGACCAUUGUGGAGCUGACCCAGGAGAGAGACUGUGGCCAGUACUCACCCCCUGCACCCAGUGCCCAGUCACCUAAUGACUCACCCAGCAUGCGGCGAACCGAGAGCAGGCAGCAUCUAUCUGUGGAGCUGGCGGACGCCAAGGCAAAGAUCCGGCGCCUCCGACAGGAGCUGGAAGAGAAGAGUGAGCAACUAAUGGAUUGCAGGCAGGAGCUGGAGAACCUAGAGAAAGAGCUGAAGAGGAUUCAGCAAGAGAACCUACAGCUGCUGUCUGAUGCACGGUCUGCCAGAGCCUACCGGGAUGAGCUUGAUGCCCUUAGAGAGAAGGCCAUCCGAGUGGACAAGCUGGAGAGUGAAGUGGGGCGCUAUAAAGAGAGGCUCCAUGACAUUGAAUUUUACAAAGCCAGAGUGGAGGAACUGAAAGAGGACAAUCAGAUUUUGUUGGAGACGAAGAGCAUGCUGGAGGACCAGCUAGAAGGCUCCCGAGCUCGCUCUGAUAAGCUGCAUGAACUGGAGAAGGAGAAUCUGCAGUUAAAAGCUAAAAUCCAUGACAUGGAGAUGGAGCGAGACAUGGACAGGAAGCGCAUUGAGGAGCUAUUGGAGGAGAACCUGACACUAGAGAUGGCUCAAAAGCAGAGCAUGGAUGAGUCUCUGCAUUUGGGCUGGGAGCUGGAGCAGCUCUCCAAAACCACACCUGAGCUUACAGAGGUUCCUCAGAAGUCUCUUGGUCACGAGGUGAAUGAGCUGACCUCCAGCCGACUCCUGAAGCUGGAGAUGGAGAACCAAGCGCUCCUGAAGACUGUGGAGGAACUGAAGAACUGUGGGGAGGCUAGCACACGCCUUGUUAAAGCUGAGAAGGAGAACCAGAGACUCUGCCAAAAGCUGGAACAGCUGGAGAGUGAGGUGCGUGUAGACAGGGAGAGCCUGCGCAGUGCUGAGAACCUCAGCUCAGACCUGAUGAAGGAGAAAGCACAGCUGCAGAAGACUCUGGAGACGCUGAGGGAAAACUCUGAGAGACAGGUGAAGGGACUGGAGCAGGAAAACGAGCACCUGAACCAGACUGUUGCCUCUCUCAGGCAGCGAUCACAAGUCAGUGCUGAGGCCAGGGUCAAAGAUGUGGAGAAGGAAAACCGCGUGCUUCACGAUUCAAUCAAAGAGACCAGCAGCAAACUCAACAAGCUUGAGUUUGAGCGCAAGCAGCUCCGCAAAGACUUGGAAUAUUACAAAGAGAAAGGUGAAAAAUCAGAAGAGCUGGAAAUGGAAGUCCAUCGCUUAGAGCGGGAGAACGAAGGGCUUCAGAAGCGAGUAGCGAGUCUCAGCAUCACCUGCGAGAAGGUGGAUUCACUCGAGAAGGAAAACACUGAGCUGGAGUCUGAGAGCAGAAAGUUAAAGAAGAAGAUUGACGCACUAAGGAACACAGCCCUUCAGCUAGAGGCCUUGGAGAAGGAGAAUGCCCAGCUGGACGAGGAGAACUUAGAGCUGCGGCGUACAACUGAAUCACUUAGGUCUGCAGGUGCCAAAGCUGCUCAACUGGAGCUGGAAAACAAGGAACUGGAGAGCGAGAAAAGCCAAAUGCAGAAGAGCCUGGAGCUGCUGAAAGCUUCAUCUAAAAAGAGUGAACGACUGGAGGUAAGUUACCAGGGCUUAGACUCUGAGAACCAGCGGCUCCAAAAAGCCUUGGAAAACAGCAGCCGCAAGAUCCAGCAACUGGAAGGUGAGCUCCAGGAUGUGGAAAGUGAAAACCAAAGCCUUCAGAGGACUCUGGAGGAGCUUAAGAUUUCUAGCAAGCGUCUGGAGCAAUUGGAGCAGGAAAAUAAAGUGCUGGAGCAGGAAAGUUCUCAGCUGGAGAAAGACAAGAAGCAGUUGGAGAAAGAGAACAAGCGACUUCGACAGCAGGCUGAAAUCAGGGACUCCAAAUUAGAUGAUGACAAUCAGCGCAUUUCGCACCUUGAGAAGGAGAAUCGAGCCCUAAGCAAGGAAGUUAGCACACUAAAAGACUCUUACAACCGCGUCAAAGACCUUGAAAAAGAAAACAAGGAGAUGGUAAAGCAAGCUACAAUUGACAAGAAGACACUGGUCACAUUGAGAGAGGAGCUGGUAAGUGAGAAACUAAAGGGUCAACAGAUAAAUAACGACCUGGAGAAACUAACUCAUGAGUUGGAGAAGAUUGGUCUGAAUAAGGAGGGACUGUUGCAUGACGAAGAGAGUUCUGAUGCCAGAUUCAAGUUGCUAGAGUCGAAGUUGGAGUCCACUCUGAAAUCCUCACUAGAGAUUAAGGAGGAGAAGAUCGCCUCCUUGGAAGCUAGACUAAAAGAGUCCUCUAACCUCAACCAAGAGCUCCGCCAGGAACUCAAAACAGUGAAAAAGAACUAUGAGGCACUUCGUCAGAGGGAAGAAGAGGAACGCAUGGUACACAGCUCUCCUCCCAGAGUAGUGGGUGACUCACAGAGUGUCAGUAAGUGGGAGAAGGAGAGCCAUGAGGCCACUCGAGAGCUGCUGAAGGUGAAAGAUCGCCUCAUAGAGGUGGAAAGAAAUAAUGCCACUCUUCAGGCAGAGAAGCAGGCCCUCCGGACCCAGCUGAAGCAGCUUGAGACUCAAAGCAGUAAUCUUCAGGCUCAGAUUCUAGCCCUACAGAGACAAACUGCCUCACUGCAGGAGAACAACACUACUCUGCAAACACAAAAUGCCAAACUACAGGUGGAGAACUCAACUUUGAAUUCCCAGAGUGCAGCAAUAGGGGCCCAGAAUGCUCAGCUGCAGAGUCAGCAGUGCAGCGCAGAGAGUGAGAGAGAUGGUGCUGUACGGGAGCGAGAGGAGCUCCGUACCACGUAUGAGCUCCUCUUGCGGGACCAUGAGAAACUGGCUGCCCUCCAUGAGCGCCAGGCUGCUGAAUACGAGGCACUGAUUGGCAAACACGGUGGCCUGAAGUCUGCACACAAGAGUCUGGAGGUGCAGCAUCGUGACCUGGAGGACAGGUAUAACCAACUGCUGAAACAAAAGACUCAGCUGGAGGAACUGGAAAAAGUCCUGAAGGCUGAGCAGGAGAAGAUGCUAUCAGAAAACAAGAGUCAUCAGGCCACAGCUGCCGAGUACCACAAACUAAAAGAGGACAAUGACAAGCUAAACACUACAUACCAGCAGCUGCUUAAAGACAAUGAGGGGCUGCAGGCUGACCACAAGAACCUGAAAAGCCAGCUUAACAACGCCAAAUUGGAACAGACACGCCUGGAGGCUGAGUUUUCCAAACUGAAAGAGCAGUACCAACAGCUGGACAUCACCUCCACCAAACUUACAAACCAGUGUGAGUUAUUGAGUCAGCUGAAAGGCAACUUGGAAGAGGAGAAUCGUCACUUGCUGGACCAGAUUCAGACCCUGAUGUUGCAAAAUCGGACCCUACUGGAGCAGACCAUGGAGAGCAAGGACCUGUUUCAUGUGGAGCAGAGGCAAUACAUAGACAAGUUAAAUGAACUGAGAAGACAGAAGGAGAAGUUGGAAGAGAAAAUCAUGGAUCAAUACAAAUUCUAUGAUCCUUCGCCUCCUCGAAGAAGGGGCAACUGGAUUACACUGAAGAUGAAGAAACUCAUCAAGCCGAAAAGCCGUGAACGAAUGCGCUCCCUCACUAUCACACCCACCCGCUCAGAGUCCAGUGACGGUUUCCUGGCUGGGACGUCAGCUUUUCAAGACAGCCAGGACAGUUCAUCCAUGGGGUCAGGAUCACUUGAUGACCCCCUGAGCCACAAGAGAAGCAGCAGGAGGAGAGCGCAGCACAGCAAUGCGCAGGGCUCCUCCAAUGCACUGAAAAGGCUGCCAUUUAUGAGGAACAGAUCCAAGGAGAAAGACAAAGAGAAGGCCAUCUACCGGCGCUCCAUGUCAAUGAACGACCUGCUGCAGACAAUGGCACUAGCCGGGGGUCAGUGGGCAAGCAGCACAGACAACCUUGACGGCCCUGAAGAGGUAGCAUCAGCGGGUGAUGGCCAGCGCAUGAAAGAGCUGGGAUCUAUGGCCUAUUCUACCAACGCCAUCAACUGUGCCACACUCAGUUUACCUGCCAGCCACAAUAAACAAAAGCUUAAGAACAAAGAUAAUGUAUCCUGUGAAGAUGUUACACCGACCUCAGAUGAGCAGAGUGGUGUUCAAGCUCAAGGACUGCAGCUUUUUAGCAAUGCAGAAGGCAUUUCUCCCCCAACUCCCACCUUAUCCACCCUGUGCAGAGUCCCCUGUAACGUCUGUAGUGCAGUGAACGGCACUCUAAGCAGGCCUCACAGUGAGAGCAGCGGUGAGUUCAGCCUGAGCUUGGACACAGAGGUUUGGUCCAGCGGGAGUAGCCCAGUGCAGCAGCCGCAUUCUCAGAGGUCAUCUCAUCAGAGCCCCUUGCAACUCCGCAAGAACAUGGAGCCCACUGGUGCCCAGAGCAAGAGGAAGACCGGCUCUCCUGGCAGUGAGGUGGUUUCCCUUCAGCAGUUCCUGGAAGAGAGCAUAGAUCCUUCUGAGUCUGGAAGCCAGGAGAACCUGACUGUAGAAUCCCCCCGUCUGUCAGGAGCAGCAGAGCCUGUGCAGAAGGAACGUCCCAAGGGCCGGGGCAUUCUGCGCUCUGCCAGUGGUAGGGCUCCACCAUCAGACUCCAGCACUACGCGAACAGGGCCGGGGCGCCCCACCCUGCGGAAGGCAGAGAGCACCCGUGUUAAGGGUCCGAGCCAGCCUAGACCCAGCCUGACUUCUCAAGGGAAGGCCACCUCUGUUUCUGAGCGCCUCGACAGCGCCGCUUCCUCCUCUGCAGGUCUUCCCCGGGCAAGCAGUGUCAUUUCCACAGCUGAGGGCAGCACACGGCGAACCAGCAUCCACGAUCUCCUGUCCAAGGACAGCCGCCAGCCAAUCUCCGUGGACCCUUCGCCCUCCAAGAGCAGCAAAUCUCGCCCUCAGCCUGUGCCCAGUGAGUACCAAGCAUCCCCCAGAGCACAUACCCACGCUCCUCCCCAGUCUAGUCUCCCUACACCGCUGCCCAAGUCCGCCAGCAUGCCGUGCACUGGCCACGCCCCAAGUGUAGAGGACCCCGAGCUAUCCAGUCUGCAAGCCUUCCUAGGCCCCUCCUUCACUGUAGAUUCAGUGUUCCUGGACUCCAUCCUUAGUGAGCCGGUGUUUGCGGGCGGCACUAGAAACCAAGCUAUCCUCUCUCUUAAUACGUCCCUAGUUAGUAACAUCAGUGGCCCUCCCCUCAAGCCCAGAGAGCCCAAGCCCAGUCAGAACCAGUCAAACGGUCCCCCUGACACCAAAAUAGACGGGAGGGGCAGUGAUAACAAUCAUGUAAGCAUUUCCGACCAAUCAGCUCCCCUGAGUUCAGAGGAUAGCCAAUCGCUGUGGUACGAAUAUGGCUGUGUCUAAUAUAUGGGAUCAUGUGACCUGUUUCCGUUGUGGUGAUUGUCAAGCACCUGCAUGAACGCUUUGAGCACUCUCAUGGUAUCCGUUUUUGUUUGUUUUCUCCUCCUUGUUGUGUUGCUGACUCCAUAACCACACUCUCGAACUGUUUGGGCUGUCUGUGGGAGAUUUGUUGAUUCUGAACAAUCCCUCUGUUGAACUCACUGUUCAAUCCAGCUGUUGAAUGUCUGCAUGCAUGGUAAUCCUUAUGUCUCAUGUUGUUAUUGUUAUUUUCACACAACGCUUAAUUCAUGUGCAAACGUUUCUUUGUUUAUUGAGAUGUACUGUAAUCAUAUCACCACAAUUAUGAUCGUCACAAUUAUAAGCCAUUGGUUGUAGCUUUUUGCAAACCUCAUAAGCUUUGCUCCUUGUGGAAUUGUAUCAUUUCACCAUUCUGCUAAUUUAUUUUUUGUACCCUGCGCCUACAUUUGCGUGUUCAUGAGUUCCAAAGUUAGCUGAAGCUGAUCUACUUUGAUAUUUAAAUAAAGUAAUUAGGCUUGUGGAGCAUGUCCCAUGAUGCUCUGCAUUUUCAGAGCUAUUUAAAAGACUAAUAGACAUCCAUAAAAAAUAAUAUCUUCAGAUCUGUUCUACAAGUUCAACUGGCUUCUAGAAGAUUAACUAGAUAUAAUAUUAUAUUUUUGGGGCUUGUGCAGAGGGAAAGCUUUGUCACAAGGGAUGGAUGUCUGGUGUUUUGCGCUGUUGACACUUCUUGCUAUCUGGGACCGUCUUACAUAAAAAUGGGUUUCACAACAUCAUUGCUGAGUCACUGCAUGGCUUCUCCCUCUCUGUGUCAAUUCUGAGAUUCUAUUUUGAUUGCCUCAAUCAAAAUGAAUGGAUUAACUGACAUAUUAUAUAUGGGUGUUGUUUUCUUUAUUUGUUUUGUUUACUUGUAAUCUUACUUGUUUAGCACAGUAGUACUACUGUGUGUGCGAUUGAGCUGUUCAACUUAUUUUCACUACAUUGUUCAAACUAUAUUGGUGUUAGGGGUUCCCCUGAAAGUGAAAUAAUCCAUUCCCGCAAAUACCUUCUUUCAUUGCAGAUUUUAAAUGCAGUGGCUGGAUAUGCUUUACAGCAUGUUGUUAAAAAUCCCAUUUAACUUGUCCAUUUACAAUAUAAAAACAUUUUUUUGCUCUAGCUUAUUAAAUAAAUCUAGGUAGAUAUUCAACAGCAGUAGCAUACAUAAUUUGCUUCCAUUAGCUCAAAUACACUACGACAUUAAGAUAAUAUAACAUUUCAUAUGCACAAUACAUAAAUAUUUGCAUUAGGAUGCUUUCUAAAUGUAUCAUUAUGUUAAAUGUGAUUUAUGUUGUGAAGCUCAACCAGUUUUACACUCCAAUAAAGGUUAUUCAAAUGGUUCAUUGAGCAGGGUCAUAGAAGAACCUAUUUUGGUUCAAUCAAGAAAAAAAGUUAAUGCAUGGUACCUACACUACUCAACUCAUCUCAGAUUUUUGGCUUUUCUGUUUUUAACAGAUUCUAGGUACCAUGAGAUUCUUCAAUGUGCUGUAUUUACUGUAGAAAGAAUCACUUCAGUACUUCUUCAAAAGCUCCAUAACCAAAUUUAUGCACUUUGUAGAUUAGCAAACUGUUGCUAACAUUGUUGCUGCUAAGAAAACCAGUUAUGAUUAUAUAUGAGAAACAUCCAGAAAGGGAAUAAAACAAUAUUGACCUAUUUCUGUAAAACUGCAAAAAUAAGUGUAACACCCCCUGUUGCUGAUUGGAUGGAAUAGUGUUAUGUGGCUCCGUCUGAGACACGUUAUUUGUUUCUCAUUUUUUGAAGUCAGGGCUAAGUAUGAACAUUAGACUUUUUUCCAGUGUACAAAGAGCAUCUGCUAAAUUUUACUAGUCAUAUACAUCACCUUUAAAAGGUUCUAACAAAAACGCAUCUCUAUUACAAACAUGAUUCUUUUGAAUGUUUAUUGAAUCAGGAGUUUUUUCUAUGGCAAUGCUCAAAGAAAAACAUUAUUUUUAAGAGUGUACAACAGUUUGCUAUGAAAGAACGCAUUUGUGGUUGAGCUUGGAUUAAUGGGUCAGCUGCUUAGAGGAGAUUUUUUUAUGAGAUUGUAGGUUUUGUAUAUAUUUAAGGUUCUGCUGCAAAACACAUAUACCAAACAUACUUUCCCUGUAUCCCCACAGUAGUAGCACACUAUAUAAUAACUGUAGUGAGUUCUAUUUAUUUGUUGCUCUUUUAUUUUAUUGCUUCCUGAUUAUUUAUCAUGUACAUAUUAUAUGAAGUGAAGUUCAGUGCUUUUGUUUUAAUUUUGUUUUGGUUUUGUUUUCCUGUAAUAUUUAGUUGUAAUAUCACCUGCCUUUGUCCUGCAGAUGUGGAAGUGUUACAAGAUCGCAGAAAGUCAAAAAGCAGAUCGGGAGAGCAGCAAAGCUCCUAAACAUUAGCCGCAGCGCUAGCGUUUUCACGAGCUUGAAGGGGUGAGUGUCGCUGCCCGUGAGGGGGGAUGGGAGGUCGCUAUGGUAACCCGGAGAGGUGGAACAGAUGUCUGAGCUGCACGUGCUUGCUUUUCCGUGCUGGUCUCUGGUGACUGUGGAGGCCAUGUUGAUGAUGGAUCCUGGCCUGCAUGGUUAACUGUGUGGGGUGGGUUGGGAUGGGGUGUUAUUUUUUAUUUUUUUUUCGGCCUAGCUCUGCUUCCUUCCCCCUUUUCCCGCUCAGUUCAAAGACCCCCAGACAUCCUCUUUUAGCAGCCCCCUUUCCCUUCUUCUCGGUGGAAGUUUGACUGAGUGUCUCCAUGUCCCUGCUGAGGUAAAUCUGUGUAGUCUGAGCAGAUUUCAGUCACCCCCCUCCUCUCGGACGUGGCUUCAGUUACUGCAUGGUGUUAGUGUAAGGUUGUGGCUGGACCUCCCUCGCUUACCAAUACAGCGCAUGUCUGUAUGUGUGUUUAUGUUGUGUGUACAUGGACUGUUGGAACAUACAGUAUAUUUCAGUGCCAUCUUCAGCAUUUUUAAGUCUUUCACAGCACUCAAUCACUGUUUGGUGAGAGGAGUAGCCUAAACACUUUGUGUUGUUACUGAAAUUAAAUCAACUCUUAAAAUGUUACCAAAAUACAUGAAAUGAACAAGUCAAAAACAUAACUACUGCUUGUGUCUAUUUAGGCACGAAUCCAUAAAAAGUUUUAGUUUUUAAGGACAGGUCACAGAGUAAAUUGAGCUAGUUCUUUUAAUAUCUUCCACUGUCUGCUCACUGUAGUUUGUGGCCAUAUUCGGACAAGAUGAGUCAAGAAUUAUGAUCAGUCACUGGUCAGUUUUGUGUUACAGUGUUCCAGUGUACACUAUUAAAGCACAAUUCAAUGUGAAAUGUAAAAAGAUGAACUACUUGAAGGUGGAUAAAAAAAGAAUUGCAUACACACAAAACAAAAAUAUGUAGGUAUAUAGUAUAGACCUUAUAGUGUUACUAAAGUGUUAUGCCCAUAAAAGUAAGCGUAAUGUAUGCUAAAGUAUGCUAAAUGCCCACACUGUUUUGGACAUUAAGCAUCCCAUUCAUACAGCUGAAUUAUUAGAAUUAAAAAUAAAGCAAUAUCAAUGAUGAACAAGUGAAAUCUUUUUUUUACCAUUUAAAUAUCUAUUUGCACUCUGUUCUGCGGUCCAUGCGUGUUUGUCUGUCUCUUCUGUCUCACCAUUUCUGCCUGUAAUCUCAUUUUUCUGCCCUUUUCUCUUCAUCUCUUCACUUCCUCCUGGUCUGCUGCCUCUUCAGAGAGAAAAGUGACCUUCGACCUGACUGUCUGACUGCCUUUUUUUUUUUUUUUUUUUUUUUAAACCUCUGACCUGGUCGACAUUGAGAAAAGAUGUAUGAAAGAUUGUAUGUCCUUUGUUUAAAUCAAGGAUCCUUCUGUGUUAUGAAAACAAGCAUUCUUUUCCUUGAAUCAAGGAUACACACAAGACUUUGCAACACAAGACAAUUGAAUCUUAAGUAUUGAGCAUUUUUGACUGAUUGCACUGCUGCACGGUGGUGUUACAGACAAACUCGUGCACUCCUUAAGUGGACCGUUUGGUGCCAAUGUUUGCUCCACUGUGUCUGUAGGAGCUUUGUACUAUACACCGGCCGGCUCCCUGCGUGACUCUCAAUCAGCUGGCCUUUUUAAACUCUGCCAGUGGACUCUCUUUGUCUUACGAGCGUGCAUGCGGCGCUGCAUCUCUAGUGUUACAAAAACAUCAUACAUCGAUCUGCACAAAAGCAGCAUGGAUCGCCACAUUCUGCAUGGAGCAAAGACUAUUAACACGCCCCUCGCCCACCCCGUUCUUCUCCUUCUCGCCAUUAAAAGUAAACACACGUGAGUGGUUUCUCCAGAUACAAAGAAAAAGAAGAGAAAAAGGACUCUAUGGGUAACGGUUGUCGUCGGGGUUGCCAAAAACAAGGGUACAGCAAGUUCCUGCUUUAUGCGUAUGUGAGUAUGAGUGCGAGUGUGAAUGUUGGCCUGUAAGACUACUGUCACCAUGUAGACUUGGCAUUUGCUUCCUUUUUCACUUUUACAUAAAUGUAUAAAUGUGAUAAAACAA